GAUACGAGAGCCUUAGAUCUAUGUAAAGACCCCGCGGAACCUUCUACUCUCUUCUCGUCUCUUCUCUUCUUCCUCGCCCCGCGGGAGAAAAGCGGCCCUAGAAAUCCCCCGCGGCCGCGCCACCUCGACCUCGGCCUCCACCUCCGAGAGCUCCGAGAGAUGGCGCCGAAGAAGGACAAGGCUCCGCCGCCCUCCUCGAAGCCCGCCAAAUCCGGCGGCGGGAAGCAGAAGAAGAAGAAAUGGAGCAAGGGGAAGCAGAAGGAGAAGGUGAACAACGCGGUGCUCUUCGAUCAGGCGGGCUACGACAAGAUGCUCUCCGAGGUCCCCAAGUACAAGCUCAUCACUCCUUCCGUGCUCUCGGAGAGAUUGAGGAUUAAUGGUUCUCUGGCUCGAAGGGCCAUCAAGGACUUGAUGGCCAGGGGCGCCAUCAGGAUGGUUUCAGCGCACGCCAGCCAGCAGAUCUACACCCGAGCGACUAAUACUUAGUAGGGAUUUUGCUCGAGAUCCAGAGAGUUCUAGAACAACGUAUUUUCUCACUUCAAUUGGUGUGCUUUGUUGCCUUUUGUUCUAGUCGAGGACUCCAAAGAUUCUAUUGAUGGUUGAGUAUUGUUAUUAGCUGCUUUUGGUUUUAUGACAAGUUAAUCAAGGUAGUUUGGUAAUGGAGAUCUACAUUCUCCGUGAAGAUUAACUGCGUUUUGCUGUCUGUAAUUUCCAGCUUAGUACUUUCAGUUGUUGAGUGAUAAAUAUUCUUAUAUCCUGUUAUAAAGUGGCAAAUUAAAUCCU